AGGCCGCUCGCGAAGCAGAGGCCGCGGGGAGGUGUGCGGGGCGGGGAGUGAAAGCCGGGCAGGUUCGCGGGCACCGCCGGUGUGUUGGCGGGGGCGGUUGGCGGGCACCGCCGGAGUCAUGAACGGGGCGGCGAACCCGGCGCUGGACAAGGAGGAGCACCCUUUGCAGCUGGGCGAGAGCUUCGAGCGGCACCCCAAAACCUCCUUCCACACCAUCCGCUAUGAUUUUAAACCAGCAUCUAUAGACACAUCUUGUGAGGGGGAGCUUCAAGUUGGUAAAGGAGAUGAAGUCACUAUUACAUUGCCACAUAUCCCAGGUUCUACUCCUCCAAUGACUGUGUUUAAAGGAAACAAAAGGCCAUAUCAGAAGGACUGUGUACUUAUUAUCAAUCAUGAUACUGGGGAAUAUGUGCUUGAAAAACUAAGCAGCAGCAUUCAAGUAAAGAAGACAAGAGCUGAAGGCAGCAGUAAGAUCCAGGCCCGGAUAGAACAGCAGUCUGCCCGAGCCUCACAACCUUCUUCCACACAGUUCAGAGCACCUACAAAGCCAGCAGUUGGUCCCAAAACCUCCCCACCGAAAGACAAUCCUUCACCAGAGCCUCAGUUAGAUGAUAUUAAGAGAGAGCUAAGAGCUGAGGUCGAAAUUAUUGAACAGAUGAGUAGCAGUAGUGGCAGCAGCUCCUCAGAUUCAGCAAGCUCUUCAGGGAGUGAUGAUGAAAGCUCUAGCAGUGGGAAGGAUGAAGCUGCGCACCCUUCCCCUUCUCAGCAAUACAGCAAUAGGAACUCGGUUGCUAAUGGUACCAGCAGGCCACAGGGAAGCAAUCAGCUCAUGAACACACUCAGAAAUGACUUGCAGUUGAGCGAAUCUGGAAGUGACAGUGAUGACUAGAAUGAAGCUUCUCCUCUGCUUUACCAAGUGGUAAAAAUUAAAGCAAGUAGAACAUGGUCUGAAACACAACUACAAUUUGUGUGACUUUGGGAGGGGAAAAGAACAACCUUACUGAAACAAAGUUUGUAUUGUGUUAACUUUUGGUAUGAUAUAUGGAUGAUGUGUAUAUUCUUUAAAAGCUUUUAAAUAUAUGUGAAUAUGCUAACAUAGUGGUCUGGGUUCUUAAGUUUUGAUAUUCCAUCAAAUGUAAAUAAGGGUAAUUGUGGUAUAUUCUAAGAGGACUCUUGCUUUUAGGAGAGGUUCAGUGCCCUGGCAGUUGAAAAGGAAAAAGUGUCUAUGAGUUAGGUAUAUCCUGGGUUUACCUUUUAAAAACCAAAUAGGAAAUUGAGUACAAAUGUAAACGGAGGACAUGAUGCAAAGACGUACAAUUAUAUCCGCAUUUGUUAAGGUAAUGGUGACUUAUGCAUUUACCACUUGAUUGCUUUUGAAAGGUAAAAAUUGCCUUCAGACAACAAAGUUAGAGGAUAGCUAACUUUCCUUCCCCCGCCUUCCCUUUCAGGGAAUGCACUAUGCACCAAAUGACUGAAAAGCAUAUAUGAGUGGGCAGGAUAGAAUUUUUCAUAGUCUAGUGAAUUUUAGGGAUUUACUUUUAAGACUAAUGUUAAGGCAUCACUGAUGUCUUUUUAUUCUUGCUAAAUGAUCAUAUGAUGAACACUUUAUAAUUAUUCAAGGAAAAGCCUUAAAAGUACAUUUUAUUGAAUCUGCAGAGGAAAUUAUAUGUCUGAAUGAGUGUUGUUGCAUGCACAUGUCUUUUGACUUAUGUGCAUAGUAGAAACCACACUGGUCAGUGCUUUGUAUUUGCUUAAACACAUGGCAAAACUGACCUGUUCUCAAGUGUUAUUACUCUGUUGGAAUCAUAUCUUCUUUUCCUAACAUUUGGUAAAGAUGACAUAGGAAUUGGGACGUUGUGGCCCUUAACAUUUCAGAAUUAGAAAUUAAUGUAUCACCUUGUAUGGAGUUCCAGAACAAAAGCAACCUGUAACAUACCAGAUUUUGCUUCUACAUAGUGUUCAGCUUCAUUUAUCAAGCUAUAUGGGUCAGCAGAGAAUACAGUAGGACCGUGGAAUCUACAGGAUCAGUACCUGUGGUUUCACUUAUCUGCGGCCUGAAAAUAUUACAUGAAAAAAAAUCAGAAAUAUGCAUUUCCAAAGUGUAUUGCCAGAGCUGACCACUAAAGAGAACCAGAGAUUACAUUAUAUAUAGUGUUUCUAUACCCACACUUUUCAGCAUCCAUGGGGUGGGGGGCUUGGAACCGAUCACCUGCUGAUACCACAUUCCUGCGGUUACAGCAUUCCACAUUACCAACUGUGCAUGCAGUAUGCACAACCACUACCUUGCAAAUUGUGUAGCAGUUGUAAUAAAAAGCAAAACAUUAACAGACAUUUCAAGUCAGUCAAAAUAUAGUUCAGCAAAAGGCAGAGAUGCAAAAAUCCUGGUAUCCAAUAUUCAGCUGUUACAUACGAUUUUAGACGUAGUGACAUACAUACUGUAUGUUCUUGCAGAGACCUCAUUAGCUUUGCAAAAAUGUUUCCUCCCUUCAUCCAAAUCUGCAAGAGCAUUUUCAGAAUUUUGUAGAAAAGGGAGGAAGAAUAUUUCCCCUCUACAAUACAGAUUCAGUCUACAUCCCAAUCCCAAAGAAGGGCAGUGCCAAAGAAUGCUCCAGCUACCAUACAAUUGCACUCAU